GUAGAAGUCAAUGGCAGAUGUCCCUGAAGUUGUUUUUUUUUCCGAUAAUGAGAAAAAGUUGAGUUUUUGCAGCGACUAUUCGAUAAAUUGAGUUGAUGCUUGACUUUGUCACAAUGUUUUGUGGCUCCGAAUUUUUUGAGAAAAUUUAUUGAUAAAUGAGAUCAAUUCGUGGAAGGACUUUGUUUAAAUUAAAAAAUGAGAUAAAUUCGAGUUUAAUAAAUAACCCCCUACGUUUUAGCUAUUUAUUUUACUGCCAACGCACAACCUCCCUGAGCUAGGUCAGCAUUAAGGCUAAAGACUUGUGGUUCAGGUAUGUCUGCAUACAAACCUACAUACCUACAUUUUAUCAACUGCCACGAUCACUCAUGUAAACUACAGUUUCAGUUUCAUUUUACAAAAAAAAACACUACAAAAAAGUGACAAUAAGAUCUGUCUGUUGACCAAUGUAUUUUAAAACACUGUCUUCCAGGGUAGCCUUUAAUAAUGUACCUCAACGUAAGUCAAAUCGAAUCUUACAGCACCAUUUUUUUACCACCCAUACAGUAAUAUAUCUUUUUUCCAAGUGGGUAGAGACAACUUCUCCUUUUUGAAUCAUUUUUAAGAAGCAGAAGGCUGGCAGGAAGGUACUGUCUGGCUGCGCUUAGUAUGGUGGGGAGUUUUAGAAACUGUGGACUAUCAUCAGGCAUCAUUUUUGGAAUUCUAAUCUACUGCAGUUUUCCAGGAGAAUGCAGUUUGAAGCCAUUAAGAAUAUGUAAACUAGGAGUACUGAACCAGAGUAUAUCACAAGCACACAUAAUGGCGUUUCAGGCCAGAGACCUUUAUAACAUAUCUGUAUACCAACAGGAGUUUCAAGGAACAGGAUUUUGUGAUAAACCAGUCAACUGGUUAUCCAUUCCAAAUAUUACCAGUUUUCCAAGUUCUAAAAUGCUGAAGAAAAUAACUCAGACUCUUCAUAACUUCCAGGGUGCAUUUAAAGUUCUAAACAAAUGUAGGGUUGAAAAGGCUUUCUUCUCCAAGCUUCAUGAGGCAAAUAAAAGUAUAUCAGCCCUGCAGUCAAAUAUCUUCUCUGUGUUAUGCAAUAAACGUGCUGCUUCAAACAUACCAAUAUCUCUUGCUAUUCCUGAGGCUGACGGUGUGUUUGAUGAAAAGUUGCAAUGUUGCCGGGUACUGAAUAUGUAUAUGAACUUCAUGGGAGCAGUGGAGAGUGGACUUCAGAGACUCAGAGAAGAAACAACACGGGAGUUGGCUAGGCUGCAGCACAAUACAGAUUCUCCUGGUCGGCAAAAAAAAAGGAGGAAGAAGGAAAAUUAGUAGAAAAGGGGCAAAAGAAACAGAAAUAAGAAUUAAUAGCUGGACAAGGAAGAAACAGUAUUUGGAACAGAAAAGAGAAGAAGCUAAAAUGUAAUGGGGCCAGGUGUCCAACUAGGGGUUAUGUCUACAACAGGAAUAAGAGAAAGCUGUCAAAAAACUCCCAUCAUCUUCUAAAUGACAUUUAGUGUCGUACACUAUACAAAAAACAUAAUUUAGUACUGUACUGCACAUAAUGUAGCCCAGCAAAUCGAUGUUAUGCGGCCAAUAAUGGGGAAUGGCAACAUUUGGUCAGUACUGACGUUUGCUGUGAACCCAUUAUGUAUACACAAAAAGAAAACAGUGCAAUGCAUCUGAUGUCCAUUAUAAUCAAACUACAAGAGCUUUGUACACAUGCGAUACAAUUUCAAAAUGCUCUAACCAUACUGCAACCAGAUUUUUUUAUUCUAGGAAGAUUAACAUUAUGAAGGUUAUUUACCGAAGGUCGAGUUGAUUUUUACCCAAAAUUUUGUUUUUGAGGAUAUUUUUUCAGUCAAAACUGUUCUUUUUUUUCAACUUGA